ACAGAUACGCGAUUUCCUGCCCACCACUAAUUUGUAGGUUUGUGUAAAAUAGGAUCUUUGCUGAUAUUUGUUAGCGGGAAUAUGAAUCGUUGUUUAUGAAAUAGUUAAAUAGUCUAUAAAGUAUAAGACUGGUGGGGAAACAGCUGUCGUAAUGGCGGAAGAUGGCGACCAGGUUCCGGCUAUUACUGUUAAGGAGCCUCUGGAUCUAGUUCGCCUAAGCUUGGAUGAAAGAAUUUAUGUCAAGAUGAGGAAUGAACGAGAGCUUAGAGGAAGGCUUCAUGCUUAUGAUCAGCACCUCAAUAUGGUACUGGGUGAAGCGGAAGAAACUGUAACCACUGUGGAAAUUGAUGAAGAAACAUAUGAAGAAGUUUAUAAGACAACAAAGCGGAACAUUCCUAUGUUGUUUGUUAGAGGUGAUGGUGUAAUUCUUGUAUCCCCUUUGAUAAGAUCAGGUUAAACAUUGGUGUAUGCCUUGUAUUGUGUUUGAGCAAAUUAUAUGCCAUGAACCUUAUUGCCAAAAUAAACAGAUCGUAUUGUUGUUACCAGAGUAAAUUUCUAAUGUAUUUCAGUUCUCUGCAUAGAUAUUCCAAAGACAUAAAUAUGUAUCAUGAAAAUUUCACACUGUCAAACUAUUGCAUACAUUAUGUAGUAAUAUUUUCUUUGUUACAGUGUAAUUUGGAAGUAUGUUCCUGAAAAUGCAGAUAAUAAAUAGUGUGUUGUAUGAUUGCACUUUUGCAAAAUA